AUGUCUGCAGCUAUCGCAGUACCGCAGCACAAGCUCUCAGAGACACCCAAUUCACGCACUAUCGAAAUCAAUGAUUGGGUGAUAGUCGCGUCCACAAAUCCGAUAUCUAGCGCGUCAGAAUGUGAUGCGUUACAAGCUUCGCUCGGAUUCCCACUGCCUGAAAUGACCUUUGGAAGUAACUAUCUAUCUCUCGAACAUCGGUCAUCUGGGUGGAAGAUGUUGUUCGACACGCAUAAUGCCCUCAAGUGUGUGAAAAAGGGUGAGCUCGGGGAGGGCGAUGGUGGUGUCAAGGUUGGAUAUGCAGACGCCUGGCUCAAGAGCCGCACAGACCCUGGAACGAACCUUCCAUUGCCCGUUACAGUAGCAGCCAAACAUUAUGAUUGGACUUACACGAUGACAUAUCCUGGUCAUCACGAUGACAUUGCCUCGGACGUCGAAUCUCCGAGUCUUUCAAUGCCAUGGAUAGAUGCCGAUCCAGAAAAUCCAUCUCAUUCUAUUCCGCUCUCUGAGCUCACACGACCAGAUCCAAUUUUAUUCUACGCAGAAAUUCCUCUAUUCGAGGAUGAACUGCAUGAUAAUGGUUCAUCCAAUCUUCUCGUGCGAAUACGCGUCAUGCCAACGUGUAUCUUCAUUUUAUCGCGAUUCACGCUUCGUGUGGAUAAUGUGCUGUUCCGCACGCAUGACACUAGAAUGUAUCAUUCUUUUACCUCAAGCCCUUUGUUGGUCGUACGUCAAGUAAGCGGUUGGGAGGCACCGUAUGAUCGGGUUAAGAGGCGACUUCCAAAUUGCAAUGAUUUGACCCCUCUGACGGAUGCAAACUUUAUUGCGAAGGUGCUGACGGAAUUGCCCGUUGCGGAGUCUCAGCAGACAGGGGCGAAGACAAGUUGGAGGGGUUUAAAGACAAAAUUAGAGGUAGCAGUAUUGGCAAGAGAUGGAUUCUAA